AUGGACGAGAAGCCUGCCUAUUCCCUUGAGGUGUUGUCCAAACACACGGAACUUGCCACCAAGCCAAGCAGCUCGUCCUACAGCAAAGUGCGCAGCAAAAAGCAAGGCAAAGAGCAAAGGCCCAAGACCGGGGCCCCCAAAGCAAAAGCAAAAGUGUCCUGUAAGGGGAAGGCAAGCCCCAAAGCGAAGCCUUCUACAGUUGCUGCAAAAAAGAAACCCAAAGUGAUGCCGAAAAAGGUAGCAACUGCCAAACCCAAAGCAACGCCAAAAAAGAAGGCGAAGGAGUUGAAGCAAGAUGGAAACAACAUCUACUCUAGAGCUUACCACAAGGCAAAACGUGAGGGCAGUGGAAAAGAAGAGGCCAAACGUCUUGGACGUGAAGCUUGCAGGUCAAAUCAAUGGGAAAGCGCCUGCGAUGUCUUGUGCAAGCUGGGGCUGUCCUUGCAGCUGGAUAGUGUGGCUUAUUCCACCACCAUCAGUUCUUUUGGGAGGGCUCCAUGGCCGCAGGCGACGUUUCUGCUGGGCGUUUUACUGCAGAGGGGCCUGCAGGCCGAUGUAAUCAGCUUCAAUGCAUCCAUGGGCUCGCAGCCUCAGACUUGGCGGGUGGCCCAGGGGCUGCUGAAAACGAUGAGGAUGAAGAUGAUCCGCAGCACGGUGGUGACAUGGGGCUCCCUGCUACGGCUCAGUCCCUGGUGCCUGGCGCAUUACUCCUUGGCAUCCGCCAUGGGACGUGGAGCGGAGCUGAAUGACUGGUGCCGAGCGGCAGCCGGAGGGCCUUGGCCUUUGGCUCUUGGGCUGUUGCUGGAUGCCGAAGUGCCUAACACCUUGGCAGCAAAUGCUGUGAUGAAGAGGCUGCGCGAGGCAGGGCAAUGGCAGCUGUCCUCCGAGCUCCUAGGGCUGAUGGAGGCAGAUAUCACCAGCUAUGACGAGGUGAUGUUGCGCGGUCCGCGGCAGGCGGUGGAGGUGCUUGAGACGGCGUUUUGGUGCUGCUGUGACAAAUCCACAGAUGGAGGGAUCGACGCCGUCCACACGAUGCCCGCGAUUCAGGACUCUGAAACGAAAGAACGGGGGGAGAUCGUCGAAAAUACCCUUGAGAUGAAUGAAAUUCAUGGAUCCUUCGCAGUGAAGAUCAACCUGCCCGAGAUGUAUUUGUGUCACCUUGGAUUGGAGUUGGACGAUGUGGAUGAUAGAGGCCCAAUGAUUGUGAGUGUGGGCAAUGGCGUGGUGGAAGCCUUCAACACGGAGAAUCCGUCCAGAGCAUUGAAACCCUUCGAUUGCAUCACCGCGGUCAAUGGCACCUCGGGCACGAUGAAGACGGUGGUCGAUGCCUUAAAGACUGGCCUGCAGGCAACAGAGAGGGUCAUGCACUUGACCGUUGCACGGCCAACGCCAUAUAAGAUCAUCUUGGAAAAAUCGAACAUCGAACUGGGCGCGCAAUUGAACUACAAACCCUCCAGCCAAGGGAUCAGCCUGGCGCAAAUUGCACAUGGAGGACGCUUCGAAAGGUGGAAUGCUUUAAAUCCCGAUCUCCAAGUGAAGGCGGGCGAUCGGAUCGUCGAAGUGAGCGGCAGCCGGCUACAAGGUGGCAAACUGCUUGAGGAGCUCAAGAAGGAGGAGAUUUGGGCGCCAGCUCGGCACCGGUAG